CUUGCCGGGGUAGGCUGCAUGUGAGGUACGUGCCUGGCGCCCCUUAAUCUUUGCGCCCUAGGCACGUGCCUCUUCUGCCUACUCCCAGUUCCUACAUCUGUGCAGUUGCCCCGCACCAUCAACAAAAAAAUGUCACGCUGGCCUGUCAAAGCUAAGCCGCGACCCCUGCCCUUCUUAAUCACGUCACUAUGGGCUUGCCCGAUUCAUUCUCUCACGAUAGUUCUGUACUCAGAACUGUUGUUCGUUGGAUAGCGUGAAUCACUUGAUAUAGUUACUAAGCAACCACGGUACAGGCAGAAGCUGGGAAAGCGACUUAUGAUUCUUCUCAGUCAACAAUUAGCAUGGCAAACAAUCAAAGACCACCAUCAGCUCAACCUAGCACCAGAGGAGGUAUUGGGCACAUACAAAACAGGCCACCAAGUGGAAUGCGACCACCUCCUACUGCAAGCAGGCUGACAACAGCUAUGGUACCUGGCAGUGCAAGACCAGGAACUAGGGGGGUUCCCAUGGGCACAGGAGGAGUUCUGUCAGCACAGAUAAAAGUAGCAGACAGACCAGUUACCCAGCAGGGUCUGAGUGGAAUGAAAACUGCAAUGAAAGGUCCCCAGAGACAGAUUAUGGAUAAGUCUUACUUUCUCGGACUCCUAAGGAGUAAAGUCAGUGAGCUAACCACAGAAAUGGCCAAACUGAAAAAAGAGAUUGACACAUAUAACCAGGAGAACUCUGUCUACCUGUCUUAUGAGAAAAGAGCCGAAGCCCUCGCUGUUGAAAUCAAGGAAUUUCAGGGGCAACUUGCAGACUACAAUAUGUUGGUUGAUAAGCUGAAUACUAACACAGAUAUGGAAGAAGUGCUGAAUGACUACAGUAUGCUAAAAUCUCAGAAUGACCGGGAAGCCCAAAGCAUUGAUCUCAUUUUUACUGAGCGUCAGUCGAAAGAAGAAUUUAUUCGAAGUGUAGAAAAAGACAUCGAACUUGAGAAACAAGCAGCUGAUGGUAUCAUUAGAAAUAUGUCAGAGGAAAAGCAAGCCAUCUACUUGGAGAUGAAAGUAAAGAACGAUCAGCUGCUAAAGGACCUAGAUAUUCAUCAACAAGAACUUGAUGCACUGAAUGCAAAGAAAGAGUCUUUAGAGGCUGAUAUUGCCCAUUCUCAAGUUAAGCAGGAAGCCGUAAAGUUGAAUGAGAAGCUUCAUGAACUGGAGUCUCGCAGAGAUCAAACAAUAGCAGAGGAUAAAAGCAUGGGCUCACCACAAGAAGAAAGAGAAAGAUUACUGAAGCAGGUGAAGGAAGACAAUCAAGAAAUUGCAAGCAUGGAGAGACAAUUAUCUGACAUAAAGGAAAGGGCUAAACAGCUCAGUGAAGAACAAGGAAGGCUAGAUAUGGAUUUGGAGGAACACCAAGGCGAGAAGAAGCAAAAGUAUAAAGAACUGAAGAAGAGAGAAGAAAGCAUGGACAAAUUUCUCUCCAACUUUGAGGAAAGUAAGAAUCAAGACCAUGAACGUAAAUCAGAAAUAGAAGCAAAUAUUGUCAUCGUUUUGGAACAUACCAGCAGGAACAUGAACAGAAUGAAGCAGAUAUCAACUGUUACUUCUGAAGAACUUCGUAUUAUGCAGGAAGACCUUAACUUUAAAGAAACUGAAAUGCAUAAAUCACAAAGUACAGCCAAAAAUCUGACCGUUGAGAGUCAGCGACUACAGCAAGACUUAAUGAAAGUGGAACAGCUGGAGUCCAAAAUAAACAGCGAGCUGUCGUCUCUGAAGGAAAAAAUUCAACAUAUGACUGAAGAUGUAAAGACAUAUAGUAACUUGGAUGCAUUGAGAACCUCUGCAGAAGAAAAGAAAAACAAACUCCAAGAAGACAAGGUAAUAUUAUCCAAGUGCAGAGAUACUUUUAAGAAAACAAUGGAGCAGCUGAAUUCUGAAUAUGACAGGCUGAAGUCUCAGUUGCAAGAGAAUGAGACACACUCUCAGCUCACAAAUUUGGAAAGGAAAUGGCAACACCAUGAGCAAAAUAACUUUGUGAUGAAAGAAUUUAUUGCUACAAAAAGCCAAGAGAGCAACUAUGGGAAUGUGAUGAAGACUGUAACUAAACAAAUUGCUGAAUAUAAUAAAAUUCUCACAGAAUCCCUACAGAACUCCAGGAACUAAACCCAAGCUCUUCCUUCCUGCAAACAAGCACGUUCAGCAGAUCAGCUGUUGGCCAAAAGAUCAUCACGAAAGUUUCCAAUUGUAACACUAAAAUAAUGAAUUCAUAUAUGCAUACAAAUAAAUUCUUUACCAAUUA